UUGAUGACCUCAUUGCAUGCAAAACCUGAAGACAAUGGUAAUACGUCAAUUAAGCUGAAUCUAGCUAUAAAGUCCAGCUGUUUAUGUGUGGUUUCUCCACUAAAAAGCUAGUAAUAAGCUGAAAGAACAUCAACAAUGGCAGAAGCCAAAAAGAGGUAUGCAGUUGUCACAGGGGCUAAUAAAGGAGUUGGGUUUGGAGUAGUAAGACAGUUGGCUACAAAUGGGAUCAUGACAGUGUUAACUGCUAGAGAUGAAAAGAGGGGUCUUGAAGCUGUUGAAAAAUUGAAAGAGUCUGGCCUCUCUGAGCUUGUGGUAUUUCAUCAGCUUGAUGUGACAAACCCAGAUAGUAUUGCUUCCCUUGCACAUUUUGUCGAAACCCAAUUUGGGAAACUAGAUAUCUUGGUAAACAAUGCAGGAGUGGUUGGAUGCAUAAUAAACCGUGAAGCUAUUAGAGCAGUAGCCGGUAAGGUAAGAUUCCAUAUACCCUAUGUAUCUUCUUCACAGUAUAUUGAUGACUUUGCUUGAUGCAACAUUAAUUUUGAUAAUAACUGUUGUCCUUAUUUGGCUUCUAAAAGUAAAUGGCCUUUAAACAGAUCUAUGUAGUUCACUGCCAUGUACUCCCCCUUCUUCUUCUUUUUUAUUUUAUUUAUUUAUUUAUUUAUUUUUAUUAAGAAUGAUCUUUACUGCGAUAAUGAACUAGCUUUUAGGUAAUAACAGUCUCCAAAUAUGAAUAUGAGAACUGCCCCUUCAAGCUCUUACGUACACCAUUGUUUGCAUCACAUAAAUCAACAAUAGCCAAGGUGGCCCAGCCUCCUGGCAAUACAUUGCUUGAACUAAAGUUAAAGCUCUCCUAGCCAAGCCAUGAGCAAUUAGAUUCUUUUUCUUUCGAACAUGCUAAUUCCAAGACACAACCUCUAAUUCCAUCAGCAAUUUCCUGACUUCGUCCAUGUAUUCCCCUUCUUACAAAAAA